AUGCAAUAAAAACAACUGGAAUAAGUCAGGAAAGACUACCCUGCCAAGAUAAAAACAGAUAAUGCAGCAAUCACAGCACUUUAAAAGGCAUUAGCAAUUCUCCCCAAAUCUAUUGAGGGUAUUUUACUUCCUACUUAUUAGAUAUUUUUAGCAAGUAAAAAAGAUAGCACUAAUCUUAGCAAUGUGCUAGGCAAAAUAGAUUAAACUUAGGAAAUGAGUCCAAAUUUUUUGAACAUUUAUCAAGCAAUGAGGACUACAAUAACUUCUAUUUAAGAGCUUUAGACUGAUAAGGGAAACAGACUAAAAGAAGUAUCGACGGCUCUUGGAUAGUUUUCAGCAGAUAAUACUCUGAAAAUGAAGGAAAUGGUAGAAUCAGGUGAAACUGCUAAUAGCUUCUCCUUUUUACAUUAAGACUUCUAAAGAAUUCAAAAGCACAAGGAGAUGAAGGAGCAUGCUAAAUAGUUUGAGAUAUAUUGCAAACUAUUUGAAGACACUCAAACAAAGAUCAACACAAUAUAAGAAUUUGCAAUGACUAUGGAUGCUGGAAACAGAUACAAGGCUCAAGAUUUAGAGGAAUUCUUAUAGCUGAAAAUGAAGUAGGGAAUGGCUGCAGAUAUGGGUAACUAAUUUAGAGGAGGCCAUGCACCACCGAGAAGUUAAAGCCAAUAAAGAACUCCUCAAAGGAUGAUGGGAAAUGACAGUAAUCCAUCCUCAGCCCAAAGAGGAAGAUCUGAAGCACCGCCUGAAGUAGGAAGAAGAUGA